AUGAAGAAAGUGAAGCAGUUUGACUCCUCAAAUGCCAAGUCAAAAAAGCAGAUGGCAACAUCACCACACACUCUAAGAAGAACUUUGGUUUUCCAUAAUGCUCUUUUUGCUGAGCUGGGAGACAGAUGUGAAAGUCUGUCAUCUGAGAGAGAAAAACAACUCAUUUCGAAGAUAAUGUCAGGAAAGAUCCUCAAGAAGUAUCGCCUACUGAAAAUGGCUAGAACAGAAUUUGGCCUCUCAGCCAAGAGAAUGAGAAAUAAUGAAAAGAGGUCAGCAGCACUUAAAUACACAGGGAAGAAGCAAAAAAAAAACAUCAGCACAGACACAGAAGAGAAAAUCAAGCAAUUCUUGGAAAGAGAUGAGAACAGCAAAGCAACAACAGCCAAGGCAGCAGCUCCUAUUUCCUCAGUUCCAGAGGGUCGCGUCAUUGGAGUGGUGACACGAGACGAUCCGGCACUCACCACUUCGGCUCCCGAGAGCUCGUCCCAGCCUGUCAGCCUCCGCGGUAAACGCGAGCGGAGGGUCUCGUGGGAGUCGGUGUCUGAGGGGUCCGCCACAGAACCUGUCACACCCACCAUGACCAUGGCAGAACCCACCUCACCUGCCACAUUAUCUGCGCCACGGCCGCGGAGGAAGAAGAGGAGGAAGGGGAUCACCUGUCCUCCACAUCAGCCUCGGCCAGGGUUGACACCUCAGCUCAAGCCUGCCACAGACUCUGCUCCACAGCCAGCGUCAGCGCCCCCUGUCUCACCGGCUCCGCAGCCAGCUGCAGCGCCCCCUGUCUCACCGGCUCCACAGCCAGCUGCAGCGCCCCCUGUCUCACCGGCUCCACAGCCAGCUGCAGCGCCCCCUGUCUCACCGGUGCCGCAGCCAGCUGCAAUGCCUCCUGUCAAGGCUACUCAGCCAGCUGCAGCGCCUUCUGUUUCGCCCCCUGUAUCGCCUCCGCUGCCGGAUGCAGCGGCCCCUGUUUCGUCUCCGCAGCUGGAUGCAGCGCCCCCUGCCUUGGACUCUGUCUCACCAUCUGUGUCUGCUUCCAUCUCCAUGUCUUCCUUGGACUCUCUUCCCUACCCUGCCAGGCCUUUUUUCUCUCAUCCUGCUCCUGUGUCUGCCCCUUUCCUGCCCAGAGACCCUGCCUUGUUCCCCAUUGUGCCUCCUGUCCUCCCUGCCUUAACCUUGCCUCAGUUUGCCCCUACUGGACCUGCCUCACCUACUAAGACCCCCAAGCCUGCCCGGACUCCUCGUCCCAAGCCCUCCUCGGGACCCAAGACCCCUUGCCCACCCAGUUCUACCCUACCUGGACCUCCUCCUAUGAACUUUUUUGUUUCCCCGCCACCCCUCCCUUGCUGUCGUGUCACGUGUCUAGUGUUCCCCUGA